AUGGCCGACAACGACAAAUACGCACCCCCCAGCGGCCCUCCGCCCAGCCAAGCCCUGACCGUCCCGCCGCAAGUACACCACGACGCCGGCCCAUACUAUCCGCCCAACGCACCAGUCGACAACACGCGCGGCCCUGUCCCCGAGUCAUACCCUCCCGCCCAAGGUCCCAAUGGCGCCUAUGUCCCGCCACAAGGCUGGAACCAAGGUCCCCCGGGUCCCUGGCCGCCGCAGGGUGGUGCGCCGGGACAACCAUACGGAUACUACGGUCCGCCGCAACCGGGCAUGUAUUAUCAACAGGGGCCGCCCGUGGGAUACUAUGAUCGAUCGCCAGAUCAGGCUGCGGCUGAUGGAUGCUGUGCCGCGUUCCUGGCUGCGCUGACCUGCUGUUGCUGUCUGGAGCUGUUGUUCUAA